AUGAACAGUGACACCACGUUUGACUGGUUGGGUGUCAACAAGAGAGCAGGCAACGGCCGGCUAGCGCCCGAGGUGCUGUUCUCCCCCGCGUCGCUGGUGGACUCGGUCGCCCGCCCCACGCCGCCCCCGCUCCCUCACCGCCACUACCUGCUGGAAAAUGUCCCCGCCGACAACUUCGACCCCUACCACCACAAUGCCAACGGCCACAACCCUCAGGCGACCCUACACCCGGUCAGAGCCAACCUCUACGCUCACUCGGUCGAGCUGUUCCCGAUGAGCGACGACGACGACUCGGUGCCCCUCAGUUUGACCGCCCAGGAGCUCACCCUCGCCGAAUCGAAAACCUACAUGCGGUGGUACUCGGACAUCUUGCUCCGAACCAAUGCCCCCACCAUCUGCUUGGCGGACAUCUUCAGUUUCCUCAACAACUUCAAGUUGACCCAGGCGGCGAAGGACAAGAUCUGCAGAAUAUUCCACCGCAUCAUGAACUCAAUCAACAUCGGUGAAUUCUUUGCCGUGUUACGAGUGAUCGCACAUGCCCUUAUAGGCGAUGAGAUCAAACGACAAAUGAUCAAGAUCGCGGCUCCCCCACCGGUGCCGCCGCUGAUUCUUUCGAAAAAGCGCCAAAACGACGAUAACGACUUGGACGCGGCGAGCACUGUCUCCCAGGAACUGAAGCCGCUUGAUAUCGAUCUGUUUUCUCAAUUCAUUUUGACCGGUGAACGACCCGAAGAAAAGAAGGGUCGCAAAAAGCAAAAGAGCGUCAAGUUUUCCGAUCAAGUGGUCACUCACGAUGAACUCCCUCUGAUGCUGCCCACACCUCAACCACAAGCUCAACCGGUUGACUACCAGCAGAUGCUGAUGGACCAGCUCCUUCGGAUGCGUCUGCAACAACAACAACCUCAAGCGAUGGGCGAGCCAGAGCAGAUGAUGGAUUCUCAAGCUAACUCCUACCAGAACAUGAACAACGUUGACAACUCACAGCAACAACUGCCAGAAAGCUUGCUCCAACCCAACAUGACGGGGCCGGCGCAAAUGGCUCAAUAUCUCCACGAGGAACAAAAGCUCCUUCAACCCAACAUGACGGGCCCAGCUCAGAUGGCCAAACUAUUUGAAGGCCCUACUCAACCCAGUCAACGGAUCACUGAAAGUGAUAUGUCACGCAUAUUUGGCGCCAACGAACCCGACAUCUCCGCCCCGAGGAUAUCUCUCCAGAGUUUUACUUCGCAAAUGACAGGGACCACUCAGGAGAAUACCAUGCACAACGCUGACAUGGCAUCGCCUUACAAUCAGCAACAUCUGAGUUUCCUCAACCCCACCUCCCACCAUAAUUCAACCAACUCCCCUAUACCCUGGCCUGAAACCAACCGUAACCAAAACCAACCGCAAAUGGCCUCGCAAACCCAAGCUCAAAAUCAGUUUCAGUCCCAAUUCAUGCCCCCUCAACCACCAGCAUCACGCCAACGGUCUAUGCUGCUGCCACAACAAACAGAGGGAGUCUAUGGCGCCAGCUUGGGGGUGCCCCUGCGACCACAGCAGUCACGAACGCCGCCACCACCACCACCGCGCCGGCGCAAUGUUAGUUACAGUGAGCAGCCCCCAGCUCUUCCACCGAAGAUUGAGUUGUCGUAUGCUCCACCACCAGCGGGUUGGAAUGCUGGCCCCCCCGCGCCUCAACGAACCGAUUCUACAAGUAACAUUUUGGAUGACUUGAAAGCACUCGAAGAAGAAGUGAACAAGAUUCGCGAUAUGACUGGAGGGUUUUGA